AUGCAGCACGACACUCCCCGUUCUCAAGUUUUUAGUGGGCCAGAAGGUGCCUACGACUCCUUCGCAGCUGUUGGAGGGGAGAACGUGUUUUCGCGCAUCUUCAGCAAGUUGUCGUCUGCUGUUGGUGUGCCUCUGGGUUUCUUCCAAAGCCGGCCUGAGAUCCGCACAUGGGGAGCACAAGAGCUGCAGGAUCCGUCAGUACAGCCGAGGCCUCAAGGUGCACCUCGCGAUUACGGAACACCCCUUCCAGGAUACCCUAAGCCGAGCUGCAGUUAUUUUACGAAUACUAUCGGCAGCAGCAGCUCACCCUCCAAGAAGGCAGACAUAAGAAAUCCCCCGCAAUUCGUCAGCCUCUUUAACCACCUCGGUAUUCGUGAUGAUGCACUUAUUGGACCAAGAAUCACUACAGGGCCCCCUAUGUGCAAUGUUGAAUACCCUAAGAUUCCUGCAGAUAAACUAGGGGAGCCUACUUAUGACUACCGCGAUCUUCUUGGUUACCGUAUGGACUACCACCCAUAUGUAAAUGCAACAAUGACCGCACAAGACGCCACCCGCAUGCACGUGCAUGCCAAUUGGUUAUUGGGCUAUCCUUACGGUGUUCCUGCAGUAGAGGAGAAUGAGAAAUGGAAACCAACACCCGUCGUCCCCAAUACCAGACCGAGCAUCUUUUCGUGUUUAGGCUGUUAA